AUGAACUUCACCGUGGGUUUCAAGCCACUGCUAGGGGAUGCACACAGUAUGGACAACCUGGAGAAGCAGCUCAUCUGCCCCAUCUGCCUGGAGAUGUUCUCCAAACCCGUGGUGAUCCUGCCCUGCCAGCACAACCUGUGCCGCAAGUGUGCCAAUGACGUCUUUCAGGCCUCGAAUCCUCUGUGGCAAUCUCGGGGUUCCACGGCUGUGUCUUCUGGGGGCCGUUUUCGCUGCCCAUCUUGCAGGCAUGAGGUUGUCCUGGACAGACAUGGAGUCUACGGACUGCAACGAAACCUGCUAGUGGAGAACAUUAUUGACAUCUACAAGCAGGAGUCUUCCCGGCCACUGCACUCCAAGGCAGAGCAGCAUCUCAUGUGUGAAGAGCAUGAGGAUGAGAAGAUCAACAUCUAUUGCCUGAGCUGUGAAGUGCCCACCUGCUCUCUCUGCAAGGUCUUUGGUGCCCACAAGGACUGCGAGGUGGCCCCACUGCCCGCCAUUUACAAACGCCAGAAGAGUGAGCUCAGCGAUGGCAUCGCGAUGCUGGUGGCAGGCAAUGACCGUGUGCAGGCAGUGAUCACGCAGAUGGAGGGGGUGUGCCAGACCAUUGAGGACAACAGCCGUAGGCAGAAGCAGUUAUUAAACCAGAGGUUUGAGACCCUGUGCGCCGUGCUGGAGGAGCGCAAGGGUGAGCUGCUGCAAGCUCUAGCCCGGGAGCAGGAGGAGAAGCUGCAGCGCGUGCGGGGCCUCAUCCGGCAGUACGGAGACCACCUGGAGGCCUCCUCUAAACUGGUGGAGUCGGCUAUCCAGUCCAUGGAGGAGCCGCAGAUGGCGCUCUACCUCCAGCAGGCCAAGGAGCUGAUCGCUAAGGUCGGGGCGAUGUCGAAGGUGGAGCUGGCGGGAAGGCCAGAGCCGGGCUACGAGAGCAUGGAGCAGUUCUCAGUGAGCGUGGAGCACGUGGCCGACAUGCUGCGGACCAUCGACUUCCAGCCGGGAGCUGGCGGGGAUGAAGACGAGGAGGAGACGGCCUUGGACACUGAGGAGGGCAGCGCAGGCCCCGAGGAAGACCGGCCGGACGGGCCGGAAGGCCUGCACUGACUCGGAGCAUCUGCGCGCAGGCCACCGGGCCACCAGCCGGCGCCCCUCCCCGCCCUACCCCGGGAGAGGG